AUGGGAUCAAGUAGUAAAAAAAAGAAGGAGAAGCAGAAGGAUUUUGUUAAACCUAAGCUGAAGGUUGGAAAAACGAAGCCGAAGGCCGACAAUCACACCUCAACAUCCUUCAGAGCAAAAGCUAUUGUCGUUGGUCACCAAUCGUUAAAUGCCGCUGCCCCGACUGUCCAGUCGCAAUUAAAGCACAACCUUACUCUCCUCAAUCACCAUGCCUAUGCCACCCGCCGAGAUUCAUUAGCUCAUAUCGCCUCUGUCUUGUCAUCAUCAUCGGCAUCAAAUCCUCCAAUAUCAUAUUCUGUGCUACUUCCUGCCUUAGCUCCCUUGAUCGUGGACUCGACGGCGCCGGUUCGUACACAACUCCUCACAUUACUUAACAACCUCACAAAAUCGAAAGACCUACGGCAAGAUGCUAUCAUUCCAGUUGAAGCCAUUCAAAUGCAUACACCACGGUUCCUUCUUUACAUACAUAGUGCAAUGACCCAUAUCAGCGCCGAUAUUCGAGCAGAUUCUACGAAUUUCCUAUCCUGGCUGUUAGACGUUGUGGGUGAAGAGGCUGUACGAGGUGCAAAAGGCUGGGGCAAGACAUUGAAAUGCUGGAUUGUACUAUUGGGGUGGGAGGGUGCAAAGUCCGGGAAGGGCGUACGCGGUAGCACAAUUGAAUUCUCAGAUCCUGGGAAGAAUAAAAAGGCAUCCUUACAACAUUUCGGAGUGUUGAAGCAGUUUUUAUCCACAGGGAUAGUUGAGGAAGAGGUGCAACUUUCCUAUUUCGAUAUCAAGAACAGAAGUUUACUCUUGCCACAUCAGUAUUCCGAUGCAUAUAUGAUGCCGAAAACCUCAAAUAUCUAUGGACAUCUGAAUCUUUUCGGAAUUCUAACCGAGAAUGUCAACGAGGAAGAUGCUGAAGGAUCAGCUGAAGACUGCGACAGUCGCCGCCGAAUAAUAACAAAUGUGUUUGAGAGCAGUCUAAGGACAGGUCUUCAAGCCAAACUGCAAGAAGGAGGGGAGGUUGGCAGAGCUGCUGGGGCUGUGCUCAAGGUGCUUGACAAGGCUUUGAAACCCGACAAUAACGAAAUGACAUGA